GAGCCCGGUGGGGGAGCGGAGGUGCUCGGAGCGGUGCGCGGGGUCCCGCGGAGGUGAGGACGGUCAUCUCCUCCAAGCCCCCAGAAGCUGAAGAUGGAUGUGAAGCAGGUGAAGGACUAUCUCUACUGGCUCUACUACCAGUACCUACUGAUCACCUGUAGCUACGUGCUGGAGCCCUGGGAGCAGUCCAUGUUCCACACCAUCACUGUGACAGUUUUUGCCAUGGUGGUGUACACAGCUUAUGUCUUUGUCCCCAUCCACCUCCGCCUGGCUUUCCAGUUCUUCUCCCAGAUAUUUGGAGGCCAGCCUGGCAGCACAGUUUCCAUCAUGAACUGA